AGACCAGACCAGAGCAGAGCAGCGGCACGGCUCCCCUUGCUUUGGCCUCCCACGGAAGACAAGUAUCCUUGUCUCUGGCUUCUUCUUCCCCACACUUGCUUGUUCUUCUCCCCCCGUGAGCAGUAGCAAAGGGAGCGCCAGCUGCUGUUGCUGCUCUUGCUUGCGGUGGAACUCAAGUGAAGUGAGGGUGAGAGGGUUCAGCCGGAGGAGAGAUGAGCGUGACCAAGUUCAUCAAGUGCGUCACGGUGGGCGACGGCGCCGUCGGCAAGACCUGCAUGCUCAUCUGCUACACCAGCAACAGGUUCCCCAGCGACUACAUCCCCACGGUGUUCGACAACUUCAGCGCCAACGUCUCCGUCGACGGCAACAUCGUCAACCUCGGCCUAUGGGACACCGCCGGGCAAGAGGACUACAGCAGGCUGAGGCCGCUGAGCUACAGAGGCGCCGACGUGUUCGUGCUCGCCUUCUCCCUCAUCAGCAGCGCAAGCUACGAGAAUGUCCUCAAGAAGUGGAUGCCAGAGCUCCGCCGGUUCGCGCCCAAUGUCCCCAUUGUUCUGGUUGGCACCAAGCUAGAUCUGCGUGACCACAGAGCCUACCUCGCCGACCAUCCCGGUGCCUCGGCAAUCACAACCGCACAGGGUGAAGAACUUAGGAAGCAGAUCGGCGCCGCAGCUUACAUCGAAUGCAGCUCGAAGACGCAGCAGAACGUCAAGGCCGUCUUCGACACCGCCAUCAAGGUGGUCCUUCAGCCGCCGAGGAGGAGGGAGGUGAUGGCCGCCAGGAAGAAAACCAGGCGCAGCUCUGGAUGCUCCAUCAUGCACUUGAUGUGUGGCAGCACGUGUGCUGCUUGAAUUAGCACACCGGACUGACUCUGGAGACGAAGCAUGGUGUAGUAGGCAAGUCGAUUUGCUGACAUAGCGUCGACGUCUUUCUAAUGCUUCUGUUCUGUUUAGCUACUACUAUAUGUUGCGUGUUUUGGUUUCUACUUCCAAUCCAAUCCUACAGCGUCACGCGCUAGGAUCGACUAUUCGGAUUGUUGGUGUAAUGUUAUGUAAGCAAGGUUGUGGAACAGCUAGAUACAGUCUAGGAUCAACUAUAUGUUGCUUGUUUA